AUGUUCGGGUUCACGUUCUCGCGAUGGUAUCUGUUCAUCGCAGCUUUUGUGGUGCAGUUCUGCCUCGGUUGUAUCUACGCCUGGUCGGUGCUCAACCACCCGAUCGACUUGGCUGUCUACGGCGAUGCUAAGAAGGGCCGCGCCGUGAACACUUUUUACAUUUCCAUGGGUGUCUGUGGAACGGCAACGGCAGGCCUGGGUCCACUUAUUGAGCGUAAGGGACCCCGUUGGGCCGUGUCCAUCGGCACGACAUUUUUCUUGAUUGGCCACAUCGUCACGGCUCUCGGGAUUCACUACAAGUCCAUUGCUUGGAUCUAUAUCGGAUACGGUGUCAUCAGCGCCAUCGGUAUGGGUAUGUGCUACAUAUCGCCCGUGUCGACACUUCAGAAGUGGUUCCCCGACUACCGUGGCACUGCCGCCGGUUUCGCUGUCGCUGGUUCUGGUGCGGGAUCGGUUGUGUGGAGCAAGGUGUACUUGCCCACCAUUGACGCUGUCGGUCUUGCCUGGAUGUUCGUUCUUCUUGGCGCGAUCAUGUGUGCUGCCAUGUACGCUUCCGUCUUGGUUCUUCGAGUACCGCCCCCUGACUUUACUGUUAACGGUCUCAACAUCCAUGGUGAUCGUGUCGACGAGAACGAGAUCCUAGAGGAGAAGCUAAGCACUGCUUACAAGGCCAUUCAUACUCCCACCCAUGCGGAUCAGCAGGAGACUGCGGUUAUCACGAAGACACCUAGCCAGCCGUUAACACUCAAGCAUGCCGUCCUCUCACCCGACUACAUUUUCAUGUACAUCAUGUUCUUCGCCAACCAGCUCUUCGGUGUCAUCGUGCUGUCCCGCUUGUCCAGUAUGUGCACGGACAUUUUCGCCAAGAGUGCGAACACGGCCUCCGACAUUGUGUCAAUCAACAGUGUGUUCAACUGCUGUGGUCGUCUAGCGUUCUCGUCCAUCUCGGAUUUUCUCGUGCGCUACUUCAAAAUAGAGAAGACGUACGCGCGCAAAGUGUUGUACUUCUUCACCCUGGGUGCGCAAAUUAUUGUGAUCGGUUCGCUGCCCACGGUCAUCCGUCACGAAAGCUUCACGUUCUUCGUUAUCGAGAUUUUCGUGCUCACAUGCAGCUACGGCGGCGGCCUUGGUACGAUCCCGGCCCUUGUCACCGACAUGUUUGGCGCCUACAACGUCGGUCCCCUGCAUGGCAUCAUCCUCACGUCCCUGGCCUUCGGUGCUGUUGUCGGCGGCAUCACCUUCAACAACGCUUACAAUGGCAAAAUUGCUGACGGUAUGAGCGUGGGUGAGGCGUACAUCGACAACAUUCAAGUUAUCUUCGUUAUCGUAUGCAUCGGUUUUGUGGUUCUGUUCCUGGUGCGUACGAACAUUGAAGACCGCUUCGAACCGGGCUACCACUACUCGCUGUGCGGUAAGCGCGUUAUUAGCAUUCCACCGAAGGAAAAGGGAACGAAGCAGGAAGAGGAGGCUGAGAUUGAGAUUGAAACUACUGCCCAGAAGGUGCCCCAGGCUUUCGCGUAA